CACACACUCACACACACUGUGGAGCAGUUAUGCACCGCUUUAAUGUACAGCAGCUUGUUUUAGACAUGAAUAUUAACUGGACGCCGGUAAUUACAGCCACGGUUUGCGGUACAGGUGCAUUAUAUCUCUUCUUCAAAUGGAGAAAUAACCAAGAGAUUCAAAAGAAAAUACUAAACGCACGAAAAAGACGAGAUACAUCUCUCCUGCGGGCUGAACAAGCGGUGCAACAAUUUAAAAUACAGAACCCAGGCUUUGAGAGCAGCUCUAUCGUGUCUCUGUCUCUGUCUGAGCUCGCCGGGAAACUCAAAGAUGGCUCCCUGCAGCCAGCCGCUGUGCUUCAUGCCUUCAUGGAAAAGGCUCUGGAGGUGAACAGGAAUCUGAACUGCAGCACUGAGAUCUUAAUGGAGUCUGUGGCGCAGCUGGAAGACAUCAAGUCUCAAAAGAAAGGUCUUCUGUACGGAGUGCCCAUCAGCAUCAAGGACAACGUCUCAUAUGAGGGUCAUGACACUUCCUGUGGUGUGGUGAGUAAGUUGGAUCAGCCUGCGCUCUCGGACAGUGUCGUGGUCAAGGUGCUGAAGAAGCAAGGCGCGAUCCCGUUCAUCAAGACCAACAUACCACAAGGUCUUCUCAAUUAUGACUGCAGUAACCCCAUUUAUGGACAAACCUUGAACCCCUGCAACCUUCAGAAGUCCCCUGGAGGUUCGUCCGGAGGAGAGGCAGCUCUGAUUGGAGGAGGAGGCUCCUUGCUAGGCAUAGGCACUGACAUUGGUGGGAGCAUUCGUAUCCCAGCAUCCUUCUGUGGGGUUUGUGGAUUUAAACCCACUGCAACGAGGAUAAGUGCUCGUGGAAUCAGUUCUUGCAUCAAAGGCCAGAAAUCAGUGUUGUCCUCUUUUGGCCCUUUGGCUAGGGACGUCGAAAGCUUGUCACUGUGUAUGCGGGCGCUGCUCUGCCAGGACAUGUUCUCCUUAGACCCCACCGUCCCUCCCAUACCAUUCAACCAAGAGAUGUAUGAGAGCUCCGAGCCCCUGAGGAUUGGUUAUUAUGAGAGUGACGGGUAUCUGCAGCCGUCUCCGAGCAUGGCCAGGGCCUUCAGGGAGACUAAGGACCUGCUGGAAAGAGCGGGGCACACGCUGGUUCCAUUCCAACCCCUGCGGCUCUACCAUGUCUUCCAUGAGUUGACUAUCAGAGGGAUCAUGGCAGACAAAGGUCGGACCCUCAUCAGUCAUCUGAAGCCAGGCCCCAUUGACCCGUGUAUCCGCAAUCAGGACGUGAUUUUGAGCACUCCAAAGUUCAUAAUGAAGCUCAUUUCUUUUGUUCUCAAGCCUUUUUGUCCACGGAUGUCUGCAAGCAUAGAUGCCACUCAUGGAGUUGGGUCUGUGGCAGAAUUGUGGAGAAUACAUGCAAAUAUCGAGGAGUACAUUCAUGAGGUGAUAGCGGAGUGGAGGAGACUGAAUCUGGAUGUUUUGUUGUGUCCCAUGCUUGGACCAGCCUACAAUUUCACUUACUGCGGGAGACUCAACAGUGCUCUCAGUUACACCAGCCUGUAUAACCUGCUGAACUUCCCUGCCGGGACGGUGCCUGUGUCUGCUGUGACGGAGGAGGACGAAGCACAGCUCAGUCAGUACAAGGGUGCCCAUGGGGACAUGUGGGACAAACUCUUCGUUAAGGCGGUGAAGGGUGGCGUUGGUCUCCCUGUGACAGUGCAGUGUGUGUCUCUGCCGUGGCAGGAUGAAAUGUGUCUGCGCUUUAUGAGAGAGGUAGAACAUCUCACAGCCAACAACAAACUCACCAGGAAAUAUUAAUGACUGAAACUCUGCUGUGUAUGUUUGUGGGCUGCUUACGGUUCUACACUGAAUCUGCGACCGCAGAAACAUCUACAGAUUCUACAAGUUCUAUCUUACAAUUAAAUCAUACUAAUUAAAAACUUAACUGGGUAUGUUUUUUGUUAAGAACAAGUUCUGCUGUGUGUUAAGGUUUUGGAAGAAUGGUACUCUAACAUGUACUGUAUUUUUUUAAAUUGUUAAAAUACUUUUUCUAAUUUCAGAUAUUAUAAAUUCAAUAUCCUGAAAUGAUUAUAUGUGAGACAUUCAUAUCUCCUUGUCUUUAGAUUUUGUAAUAACAUUUUUGUGAAGAUUUUUCACCGCUGAAAUUUCACACCUUUAAAUAAUAACAACUCUCAAUCAUUUCUUCACAAUGUUAUGAAUAUUUAUGUAUCACAAUGAAAAAUGUAUUUGCACUCACUACAGAAGAAGUAAAGCUUCAUCAAAAUUGAAUGAAGAUUUGAACGUUUCUCUUCAUUUCUGUAUCAUGUUGUAUAAUUGAAUGCUUCACAAAUUCAUUAAACUGAAAUGAAUCAGA